AGACAAACGAAGCGGCUGCGUCUCUGCGCCGUGACCCGGAUGUACCAAACCUUUGUGCUUCCGGGUCAUAUGUUGCAUUUCCGGUUGGUACAGCGGCAGAAAACGAACCGAGGAGGAGAAAAAAAAAACCGGGAAAACGUCAGCGCACCUGUCAGGAAGUGUGAGAAGAUGUUGAGGAGGAAACCGACUCGUCUGGAGCUGAAGAUCGACGACACCGAGGAGUUUGAGAGCGUCAAGAAGGAGCUUGAGGCCAGGAAGCGUCAGCGAGAGGAGGCGGAGUCAGGAGGCGGAGUGGGCGGGUCUUCUGUUAUCAGCGUUGACAUAAUCGGGGGCGGAGCCUCAUCUUCCUCUACAGCGGCGUCGAGGGUGGAGCUAAUCAACGAGCGCAUCGGCUACAAGCCCCACCCCAAACCGGCCACGCUGCCCACCUUGUUCGGAAGUUUACAAUUUUAAAAUGAAUAAUAAAGAAGAUGUUUACAAGUCUU